AUCAUUUCAACCAACUACACCUUUCGCUGCAGAUCUGAGAGCAAACGUCCUCCAAAUAAAUGCCUCCACCAAUCUGCAAAAGGGACACGAAUGGUGAUGCUACGCAUCUUUCGAUACCUGACCAUCUUCUUCGGAUUCUGCCUCAUCCUGCUGUGCUACUUCAUACACACGGUCAACAUCCUAUACCGCCAGAAUGAAAAGGAUAACUGGGCCGAAAAGGUGACAUUUAAAUAUCCGCGGAAAGUGCCGGGAAACGAUUAUUAUAACGUGAAAAACAUCGUGGCGUAUUCUUUGCUCAAGCGAAUUGAGAAUGAAAGUGAGGAGUUUUCUUGUGGUGAUGAUUUCCGGUUCCCAAAGAAUUUUGAGGAAAGGGGUGGUUUGUGGACUAAGGUGGGUGGAACCGGCUUGUACGUGUUGUCCGUGCAUUUUGACACCAGGCUAAGUCCCUACAAUUUUAUCAGGAUUAUCGGAAUGACUAAAGGUAUUCCUGCCAAUAAGAUCUAUUGUCAAAUUCGAAGUAGAAACAAUACCAACCAUUUUACCAAAGCUGUGAUAACUACAAUAUGGUCUGAAGAAUGGAACAAAAACGAUGUACAUUCAUAUUUUGAGCCAGUACUGCUAUCUUGCCGAGUGCCGAACGUGUUCAAACCCAAAUUCGUAUCAUUGAGUACAGAACCUUGUGGAACUCCUCACAGUAAUUUCGCCAUUGAAGCUUAUAAUGACACCAGUAGGAGAUUGAACUUUACGAUUUGCGUUAAACCUUUGGUUUUCAACGAAGACAUAAGCGAGGGUCUCCUGCAAUGGAUUCAAAUAAACGAAAUUUUAGGAGCCCAAAAGAUCAACAUUUAUUAUCAUUUGGUGAACGAUAGGACUAAGGGUAUUUUGGAGUGGUUGCAAACAAACGGCAAAAAAAUCGAAGUUUUUUACUUUGAACCAAUAGAAGGAUCUAUCUACCCUGAUGGUAGUGAAAUGGAUGCAGAGAUGGUUUGGCAGAGAAGGAAAUACGAGGUUGCGGCAUACAACGAUUGCUUCUACAAAAACCUCAACUCUGACUACGUUAUACCACUGGAUAUCGAUGAGAUAAUUGUGCCCAAACAAGAAAAUAAUUGGAAGGAUUUAUUUGAUACCAUAUCGGGAGCCCUGAAGGAUCGUUUUGCAUCUUUCAGCGUCCGAAACGCAUAUUAUUUCCGAGAACCCAAUAAUAAAACAGAAAAUGAACCAGUUUUUUUCUUCAGAUACGCAUCGCGAAGUAAAUUAAGCGGCAAAGAGGAGUCUGGAAAGAGUUUCAUUUCUUCGCGAAAUAGCUUGACAGUUUUCAACCAUUACACCUUGGACACUCUGAGACCGGGAGUGGGCAGAACUUAUUUUAUGACGAGCAACAAGGUUCAGCUGAACCACUACAAGAAGAAUUGUUCCAUUGUGAUAUUACCAGAGUGUGAGAAAUACAUUUCUAGUCAAAGAUUUCUCGAUUACGUUAUUUUUAAGUACAAAGAAGAAUUUCGAAAUAAUUAUUGUAAUAUUAUUAACCGCCUGAAAUCUGUGAAUAUCUUAUGACAAACAUUACCAGUUUUGUAGAGAUAAAGUGUCAAAAAUC